CUCUUGGAACCUUUGGUCAUUUGAUGUGUUUUCAAAAAGCUUACAUAACUCUUUUUAGCUCCACUUUUCUCUAAUUUUUUCCUUCUCUAAAAAGAGUCCCACCACUCUAUUCCAAGCCUUGAGAAUAGCUAGGAAGAUCUCUCGGUGGUCCUUCAUUGGAGCUAUUUGAAGAUUUUUGAAAAGCUACAAAGGUUUAGGAAAGUAAUAUACCACAGCUGAGAACGUGAGGAAGAUUCUCAGAUCUCGACCAAAAAGUUGGGAGCCUAAAGUGACGGCGAUUCAAGAAGCGAAUGAUCUCUCAAAACGUCCAUUAAAUGAGCUAUUAGAUCUCUCAUGACGCAUGAAAUAAUCAUGAAAGGCAAUAUGGAAGAGGACGUCGAAAAGAAGAAAAGGCUAGCAUUAAAGUCUACAUCCUUCCAAGGGGCUUCUGAAAGUGAGGAAGAAUUGAAUGAGGAAGAGCUUGCCUACUUAUCCAAGAAGUUCAAGAAGCAUUUCAAGAAGAGACUUUCCAAAGAAAACCAACAGUCAACAUGCUAAAGGAGAAAAGAACAUUAGAGACGUCAUCAUCUUCAAGGAGAAACAAGAAGGCUAUGAAGGCUACUUGGGAUGAAAGUGAUGAAGGAAGUGAUUCUGAAAGCGGAGAGGAAGUAGCUAAUCUUUGUUUCAUGGCUCUUGGAAAUGAAGAUGACAACGACAAGGUAUGUUUGAGAUCAAUAAAGAACAAGUGGUACUUGGAUAGUGGGUGUUCAAAGUACAUGAUCGGAGACCACACAAAAUUCACACACCUAGAAAUGAAAGAUGGAGGUUACGUUACUUUUGGCGAUAAUAAAAGAGGUAAAAUCAUUGGCAAAUGUAACAUAGGUAAUGGUUCAAAAUUUAUGAUUGAGAAUGUGUUGCUUGUUGAUGGUUUAAAGCAUGAGCUUUUAAGUAUUAGUCAAUUAUGUGAUAAAGGUUAUAAAGUAGUAUUUAAUGAUAAAAAUUGCAUAAUUGAAAAUGCUUGUGAUGGAAAAAUAUUGUUUGUACGAAAUAAAGAUAAAAAUGUUUAUACUAUUGAAUUGAAUGACUGCCCUGUUGUUAAUAAAUGUUUGUCUGAUAUGCAUAAUGAUUCUUGGUUGUGGCAUAGAAGAUUAGGUCAUGUUAGCAUGUAUUUGAUUUCAAAUAUUUCCAAGAAAUCUCUUGUUCGAGGUCUUCCAAAAUUAAAUUUUGAAAAAGACAAAAGUUUGUGAUGCAUGUCAAAUGGGUAAACAAACUAAGUCAUCCUAUAAACCAAAGAAAAUGAUUCCUACUUCUAGGCCUUUGCAACUAUUACAUAUGGAUCUAUUUGGCCCUACUAGAGUUUCAAGUCUAAGUGGAAAACAUUAUGCUUUUGUUAUAGUUGAUGAUUUUUCAAGAUUUACUUGGGUUUUAUUUUUAUCUCAUAAGGAUGAGGCCUUAAAAACCUUUAUUAGUUUUUCAAAGAAAAUUCAAAAUGAAAAAAGUUUUACAAUUUUGAAAAUUAGAAGUGAACAUGGAGGAGAAUUUGACAAUGUAGCUUUUAAAAAGUUUUGUGAUGAAAAUGGUUUUUCUCAUGAUUUUUCUUCUCGAAGAACACCAUAACAAAAUGGUGUUGUAGAAAGGAAAAAUCGAUCUUUGCAAGAAUUAGCUACUUCUUUGUUAAAUGAGUAUACUUUACCAAAAUAUUUUCGGCUGAAGCUGCUAAUACUGCCUCUUAUAUGAUGAAUCGUGUUUUAAUAAGGCCAAUUUUGAAUAAAGUCCCCUGUGAGUCUUUUAAUGAUAAAACUUCUAAUAUCAGCUAUUUCAAAGUUUUUUGUUGCAAAUAUUUUAUUUUGAAAAAUAAAGAGAAACUUAGAAUGUUUGAUUAAAAACCUGACAUUAGCAUAUUUUUAUAAUAUUCAGCAUGUAGUAAAGCAUAUAGAGCUUUUAAUAAAAUAACCUUUGUAGUUGAAAAGUAAAUGGAUGUUGUUUUUGAUAAAUCUCAUAUUACUACUAAUCAGGUCUCAGCUAGUGAUGAGUUAGAAAUGCCUUUUGAGAAUUUGAACUUUAAAGAUAAUAACUCGAAAGUUGAAGUAACUGAGACUCAACUUUUUGACUUCCUUGAAGUGCAAUCUUGAAGUCUUGAUGUAAUAUCAUCCUUCUGAGUCGUCUCAUGUUUGGACUUGGACAAAUUUUUCGUUCCUUCCAAAAGUGCUUCCAAACCCAAUCACUUGGUUUGUUUACAUUUUUCUUGGAUUUGUUUUUCCUCCAUUUGGUACUUUGCAUUUGCAUUCUCCAACAUACAAUUCUGCGUUCUCGGCCAUGGAAUUCUUUAUGCGACUUCUUAGACAAAUACUUUUCCACAAUGCCUUUCACUUUAGGUUUCUUUUGUUCAUG